AUGUCUGACGACGAUUUUAUGCUCGAAUCUGACGGCGAGGAAGAUACCGGAGUAUUUGACUACACAUCCGGAGAGGAAGAUGAUGACUCUGGGAACGUCGAUGUCGAAAACAGCUACUACAACGCCAAAGGGAUGAAGCAAACCGACCCACAAGCAGCCAUCGAUGAAUUUCUAGGGGUUGUAGCAUUGGAGGCCGAGAAAGGAGAAUGGGGAUUCAAAGGCUUAAAACAAGCUAUAAAGCUAGAGUUUAGAUUGAAGCAGCACGAGAUGGCUGUAGAACACUAUGCCGAGCUCCUAACAUAUAUACGCUCCGCUGUAACACGAAACUACUCGGAGAAAUCCCUCAAUAAUAUGCUGGACUUUAUCUCCUCAUCGAAUGAUCCUGAAGAUAUGCCAUACAUGGAGAAGUUUUACGACAUGACCCUCGAGGCGUUUCAGGGAACGAACAAUGAGCGAUUAUGGUUGAAAACGAAUAUCAAGCUAGCGAAGUUAUGGCUGGAUCGUAAGGAGUAUGGUCGAUUGACCAGGAAUGUCAGAUUACUACACCAAGCUUGUCAGAAGCCAGACGGUACAGACGACCCAUCAAAAGGAACAUACUUGUUGGAGGUUUAUGCUAUCGAGAUUCAGAUGUACUCUGAAACAGGAAACAACAAGAAGUUGAAGGUUUUAUACAACAAGUCUCUACGUGUCAGAUCGGCUGUUCCCCAUCCAAGGAUUAUGGGGAUCAUCCGUGAGUGUGGAGGGAAAAUGCACAUGAACGAAGAGAAUUGGAAGGACGCCCAAAGCGACUUUUUUGAGUCUUUCCGUAACUACGAUGAAGCAGGAUCAUUGCAGAGAAUCCAGGUCCUGAAAUACCUUGUCCUGGCUAGUAUGCUCAUGAAAUCAGAGAUCAAUCCUUUUGAAUCUCAGGAAACAAAGCCAUACAAGACCGACCCUCGAAUCGUAGCAAUGACUGAUCUUGUAGAGGCCUAUCAACGGAAUGAGAUUCACAGAUAUGAAUCUAUUCUCGAAAAAAACAAAGCCGAUAUCCUCUCUGACCCAUUUAUUCGCGAACACAUAGAUGAAGUUACGCGUAAUAUCCGUACAGAAGCUCUUCUAAAACUAAUCGCCCCCUUCACUCGCUUUACACUCGAUUUCAUUGCACGCCAGCUUCGUAUUUCUGUCCCGGAGGUUCAAGAGAUUCUUGGCUUCCUCAUCUUGGAUAAGAAGAUCCGAGGGAAGAUCAACCAGGAGAAUGGAACAGUGCAGAUUGAGAGCAACGUGGAUGCCGAGCGUAUGCACGCCAUGAAGGAAUGGUCAUCUGCACUAGAGAGAUUAUCGACAACCUUGUUUAAUGAUGGCGAAGGCUUCAAGUCAGAAGACAAUACCCACCUUGGUGGUAGUCAAUCGUCAGUCAUUUUUGAAACUCGGCGAUAG